GCGGUAAAUACGAGUAGUGGACAAAUAUUUUAAAUCGUCAAGCCCGCACAUUGCACGGAUACAAUGCGUCUCGGAAAAAUAAGAAAUACCUGUGAAAUACUGUAAAUAUUAUUAUUUUUUAGUUGUACACGUUCACGACGAGCGUUGGCCGAUAUGACUUCCUCCGAGACCUUAGAGGUUGCGUUCGUGUCGGACGGCACUUCAGGGGCCACGGUAUGGGACACGACCAACGGUACGAUGUUGAAGACUUACAGGCAUACAGCUUCCAUUGGGCAAAACUGCUUGAGCCUGUUGGGAAACGACUAUCUCAUUGCUGCCGACAAGGGACCGCUGAUACAGACUUGGCCGAUCAACAGCCAGGAACGAACACACCAGGUGCGCAUGUUGUGCGGUGGGAAGAUUAACUCAUUGGCCGCAAGUCCUGAUGGGCUGUACAUUGCAGUGGCGAUUAGUGAGAAACUACAAGUUUGGAUGGCUUGUUCAGGAAGAUUAUUGACAACCGUAAGUCGCCAUUUUCAACCAAUAACUAUUAUUAAGUGGUCUUCGGAUGGAUCUUAUUUAGUCACUGGUGGUGAAGAUGGUCUUGUUUGUGUAUGGUCACUAGCUAAGUUGAUCAAUACAUCUCAAUCUUCCAUGCCACAGACAUUUAUUUCUGGAGACCAAAUCAAUCAGUCAGCACCCAAUUACAUAUUUUCUGAUCAUUCUGUAAGAAUAACUGGAGUAUAUAUUGGUAAUUGCACAAGAUGCAUACGCAUUUUUACUACCUCGGUUGACAAGACAUGCAAGAUUUACGACCUCUCAACUGGUAUCAUGUUAUUGUCAAUUGCAUUUGAUAUAAUCCCUUCUAGCCUCACUGUUGACUCAAUAGAAACUGCUGUUUAUAUUGGUACUACAGUUGGUCCUAUACGGUCUUUUGAUCUUACAUCCCCACCACGUACCCGUGAAUGUUAUGUAUCAGACAAAGAAAGUGGUAUCAAAUUUAUUGGUCAUGCCAAAGCUGUAACUGCUUUAAGUGUGUCAUUAUUUGGUGAUAUGUUAGUGUCUGGUUCUACAGAUUGUACGAUAAGAACAUGGCAUGUAGCAAGUCGUCAAUGUUUACGAACUAUUCAAUUAAAAGAGCCUGUUAUUAAUAUGUUUUUAACAUUGAUACCACGCCAGUUAACUGCAAAUGAAUUAGAACCCAGUAUUAUAUUAAAGAGUUUUAAAAAAACAGAAGAACUAGACAAUGAUCAUUUUGUUGAAGUAUAUUCUUAUAAUGAUCUUUUUGAAGAAGAAAAUGAUACUUUUGGACACAAUGAAGAUACUAAUAUACGCGAAGAAUUGGAAAAAACUAAAACAAUUAAUGCAAGAAUUUAUGAAUUUGCAAUUAACUCAAUAUUAAAAGAAAGUGAACCAAAUCCAAAAGAGGAUAUAGAUAUUAGUUCUUUUUCAUUAGUUGAUUUAGAAUUUAAUGGAGAAAAGAAUGGAUUAGAUAAUGAUGAUGAUACAUUUAUUGAUGAAAAUUCCACAACUCCGAGAAAGAAAAAAAGAGGAAGAAAAAGAAGUAAAAAAAAUGUUAAUGACGCAAAUAUAAGUAAUAUUUAUACAUAUUCAUAAAUUUGUAAUUUUUAAUAUUUAAAUAUAAUUGUUAUUUUUUAAAAAUCAUAUUAAAAUUAUUAUUUCUACUAUAAAGUUUUAAAUAAUACCUUGCAUUUAAUUUAUUUAAAUAAUCUAUGACUAUAAUAGUCAUAAAUCAAAUGAAUUUUCAACCAGGUUAUUAAGGUUUGUAAAAGUUUUACUUUUUUUUGUUUAAUUUUUCAGCUUAUCUAAAUUUAAUGUUAGUCAAAUUUUAGUUAUUUUCCUAAGCCCGAAGUAAAAUUGUAAUUUUCUUAUAAAUUCUAAUUUAUAUUCAAAUUUUAAAAUGUAACAUUUAUAUUCCCAGAAGUAUACAGUAUAUUUAUGGAAUUUUUAAUGGUUAGGUGACUAUUUAGUGGAAUUAUAAAGAACUAUCAUAAUAUGGUUAUAAAUAAGGACAUAUUAUAUUAAUUAAUUAAAUAAAGUUUCUAAUGAAAUAGUUGUGUUAAGUGUUAAUAUUCAUAAAAGUAUGAAUGGUUAAAUUAUUAUUUUUUUUUU